AUGCUGCGCCGUCAAGCCCGUGAGCGCCGAGAUUAUCUUUAUCGGAGAGCUUUGCUCCUCCGAGAUGCUUCUAUCGCCGAAAAACGUGCCCAGAUCAAGGCCUCUUUGGCCACUGGAAAGCCCCUAGACCCCUCAAUCGCCAAUGAUAAGACUCUUCGCGAGGAUUACAAGUUUGACGAGUCAAAAGAAGAUGGGGUGGAUAUUGACGACGAAUAUGCUCUAACCUCCGGUGUCAUCGAUCCUCGCCCACUGGUCACCACCUCUCGCUCACCCUCCGCUCGUCUUGGUGCCUUCGCCAAGGAGAUUCGCCUGCUACUCCCCACUGCCAUCCGUCUUAACCGUGGUAACCUUGUGUUGCCUGAUUUGGUAUCCAGCGCAACUUCUGCGGCUUUGACCGACAUGAUCCUCCUGCACGAGCACCGUGGUACCCCCACCGCCCUCACCAUCUCCCAUCUUCCUCACGGCCCCACUGCGAGCUUCUCCCUACACAACGUUGUCCUCCGUGCCGAUAUUCCAAACUCAGCCCGCGGUACUGUCUCAGAGAGCUACCCUCAUCUGAUUUUCGAGGGCUUCAAGACUAAGCUUGGUCUCCGUGUCGUCCAGAUCCUUAAGCACAUGUUCCCACCCCGUGAGGGUGGCAAGGUUGGAAACCGCGUUGUCACCUUUGUCAACAAGGAGGACAGCAUUGAAGUGCGGCAUCACGUCUUCGUGAAGACCGGAUACCGGGACGUGGAACUCGCCGAGGUUGGUCCACGAAUGACCAUGCGCUGCUUCGAGAUUCGGGGCGGUACUCUUGAAAAGGGCAACGGCGGUGAUGUUGAAUGGGCUCUUACUCAGUACACAAGAACCAGCCGGAAGAAGGAUUACCUUUAA